CUCUAUGCUGGGCUGAUUUCAUUUUUAAAACUCCCUUUCUGCUACUGUCCAGCUGAGAGCAUCUGUACUUUAUAAAGAGCAACAAGGUAAAAUGGACAGCAGAGACACCAGGUGAAACAUUUUAAAAUAUUUCUUCUCUGAAAAAUGUUGUAAGUACAUCUUGAAGCACUUCAAUGUUUGAAUGUAUUUAUCCUUGUGACACCCCUGUGAGGCAGGAUGGUGCUGUUGUGCCCAUUGUACAGAUGGGGAACUGAGACACCAAGAGGCUAAGUGAUUUACCCAAGGUCACCUGGUAAGUCUGUGGCAGAGCAGGGAUAUCUCCCAAGCCCUAGGUUUGAAACUGCCUUAAAGAUUCCCCAGUUGGCAGGGAGAUUUCCUCAGUGUUCGCUGCUGCGCUAAAAGCUGCAACUUUAAAGGCACAUGCCUGCCAGAAGAGGGAAUGCUCACUGACUUCAGAUGUUUGUUUAAUUUAGACAUUGAAAAAUCUAGACUGGAAAAGAAGACACCCCCCUCCCCCCAAGGCUGCUGAAGUUCUGAACUAGCUGAUCCCGCAGCACUGGACGUGUGAACACCAGCACACACAAGGAGGGAAAAAAGGCCCCUUGCAGCACUGAACUAAGGAUCCGGACUAACACGGCUCCUCCUCUGACACUUCCCAAGUCCCGUUUCCAACCGCUGCAGUUCCCCUUUCUGCCAGCAGGGGCCAGGAGCGACUAGGAGGGAGCCCUCAGCUGCGCGCAGCUGCCUUUCCGCUCCACCAGGGGGCGCCUGUGCGCGCUCCUCCCCUCCCUUCCCCACGCCUUGCACAGCCCGGGAGCGCUCCGUGCAGCCAGCCAGGCUCCCGGCGUCCACCUGCCUGCCUGUACCUGCCCCUCCGCACACCCAGCCCCGCCUUCCAUCUUUGCCCAGCGCGGCUCCUCUCCUGCUGCCUUCCCCGGAGAGAGGUUCUGCUCCGAAGCGCCCCAGGACAGGACCAGCCACCACCCCCCCAGACCCGGCGCCGGCCAUGGGUCCCUGCUGAGCCACCCGGGGGGAAAAGUCACCACGAUCCAGCCAUGGCCAGCAAGGAGCGAUACCACUGGCAGGCGCAGAAUGUCAAGCACAGCGGGGUGGACGACAUGGUGCUGCUGGCCAAGAUCAGCGAGGACGCCAUCGUGGAGAACCUCAAGAAACGCUUCCUGGAUGACUACAUCUUCACGUACAUCGGGCCGGUCCUCAUCUCCGUCAACCCUUUCAAACAGCUGCCCUACUUCACAGAUCGUGAGAUUGACAUGUACCAGGGAGCCGCCCAGUACGAGAACCCGCCCCACAUCUAUGCCCUGGCCGAUAAUAUGUACCGCAACAUGCUGAUCGACGGGGAGAACCAGUGCGUCAUCAUCAGCGGGGAGAGCGGCGCUGGCAAGACCGUGGCGGCCAAAUACAUCAUGAGCUACAUCUCCAAGGUGUCCGGCGGGGGCCCCAAAGUACAGCACGUCAAGGACAUCAUCCUGAAAUCCAACCCGCUCCUGGAGGCCUUUGGAAACGCCAAGACUGUGCGCAACAAUAACUCCAGCCGCUUUGGCAAGUACUUCGAGAUCCAGUUCAGCCGAGGCGGGGAGCCCGACGGGGGCAAGAUCUCCAACUUCCUGCUGGAGAAGUCACGGGUGGUGAGCCAGAACCCCGGGGAGAGGAGCUUCCAUGUCUACUACCAGCUGCUGGAGGGCGCCUCCCUGGAGCAGCGGGAGAACCUGGGCAUCACCAGCCCGGAUUAUUAUUACUACCUCAACCAGUCGGCGUCCUACAAGGUGGAUGACAUGAGCGACCGGCAGGAGUUCCAGGAGACGCUGGCGGCCAUGGAGGUGGUGGGGCUCUCUGGGGAGGAGCAGGCCCUGGUGCUGCAGAUCGUGGCCGGGAUCCUUCACCUGGGCAACAUCAGCUUCCGGGAGGAGGGGAACUACGCUGCCGUGGAGAGCGAGGACUUUUAUAAGCUACAGACACCCGGGCAUCAUGCAGCCUCUUCUAGGGUGAAGCACGGCAGCCAGUUACAUAGGACAAGGCAGAAGAGUUUGGCCUAA